GCACGGGCACCGCCGCACUGUUGAUUGUUGUGAAUUUUGAUAUUGUGAACGAGAAAUGAAAUGGCAGUGUGGUACUAGUGGACGGUGGGAGGCGUAAAAGCGUUAAAUAAAUAAUAAUUAUCAUUUUCUAAAUAUCAAUAGACAUGUUCAGCCUUGUCGCGACGAUGUCCCUAAUCCUUGCUCUCAACAAUGCUCGUUAAUGGUUUAUCUUCAAUUUUCGGUGUUUGGUUUACUGUAUUCCACUGUUCACGUUGUGUAAUAAAUUGUACCACAAAAGUUAUGUAAAAAAAAAAAAAAACCGUCUGUCAUAAGUCUCAUGUUAUUUCGUGCAGUGUUUUGUUAAAACUUUUACUUGAACGUUGAAAAUGUCGAUGAUCAACAUCUCUAGUUCUACUGGAUUGAUUGAUUUGGUUUAUGUUCCUGUUUGAUUUGUAGGUAGAAUUAUCUAAGGUAUGCCUCCCCAAACGCUAAAAAGAACUACAGAAGAUGUGAGUUAUAGUAAUGAUGAGGACGAGUAUGAAACAUGGGUAAACAAAAAAAAGUCAAGAUACUUAUAUACGUACGAAUUAAAAUCACAAUCACCUGAUUUAUUCCAAAAUAUAAAUGAUUCAGAUCAGUCUGAAAUUAUUCAUAGUACCCAAUCCAAAGCUACAAUCGAGGUAGCAGAUCUCCUUGAUUUUUCAUCUGUAACAAGCUGUCCUAGUGACUGUGAUUGUGACGAUAAUUCUAGUCAAAGUGGUUGUGACGAUAUAAGUUCAAGCCAAUCAGAUACAUCAGAAUGUGAGGAAGUUACAAAAAACAAUAUCUUCCUUGAUACUGAGAAUGUUUAUGUUCCUGAUGAUACAGAUUUACAAAUAUUAAUUUCAGAGACAAAUUUCAAAUCUCCAGUAGUUUUUCAAAAAUGCUCCCAAUGCCAAAAACCAAAUUCCAACCAUAAUUUUCAAUACUGUAAUCAGUGUUUUAAGUACCGGAUGCAAUUAUUUGAGAGUACAUCAAAUCCAAAACCAAAAAGUAUCAAACGUUUGUACAACAUGGCCAACCGCGCAGAGGAAAAUUUUUUGCCUAAAGAUUGUCAAGAAUCAUCUUCUACCUCUAAUUCCCAAGAGUCCUUAAAUUCACUAGGAAUAUCUGGUCUAUGUUUAUCCCAAGAUAGUAACUCUGAUACAUUUGAAAACACUACAAACUCUUGUAAUAUUUGUUUUUUAAAACCAAAAAAUGGCAUUUUUAACCACGGCAAAACGGCACAUGUAUAUUGUUGCUACACGUGUGCCAAACAUAUAUGGAGUAGAUCGGGAAAAUGCCCUAUUUGCAAUUUAAAAAUUAGGUAUGUUACAAAAGCAGUUCGUGCUGAAUAAUGAAAAUAAUUUCAUCAAAUCACCUAUGUAUAUUCUUCUAUAUUUAUUAACGUGUACAUUGUACAUACUUAAUAUUAUAAAUUAUAAUGUAUUUUAUACUUUUAAUAACUAUUUCAUGUUAAAUCAUACAAAAAAACGAUUCUGAGCUGAGACACUCUGUCAGCCUUAUUGUAAAAGUAUACAUUCAUACCAUAUAUUAUUGUUAUUGACUUAGUUGAUAAAGACAUACCAUAGAACAGUGUGUAUAUGUUUGUGGUAUAAAUAUGCAAUUCGUUAAAAUUUAUCUAAAUUUUUUGAAAAUGACUUGUGUCUAGUAAAAUAUAAUGAUUUAUCAUGUAAAAGAAUAAAGAUCCCAAGAAUAAAAUUUUUUAAUUACACUAAAA